AAAAUGAGGAAUUGAUUAGAAAAAAAUUAUCUUUUUAUUUCAUGUAGAUAUGUCGAAACUACACUAGUUAUCAACUACGUUAUAAAAUGGACCAAUCAGACAAUUACUAAUGUUACAUAGGCCAACGAUGUCGUGUAUUCCAUUCUUCGAAGACGGUUUGAUAUGUGGCAUAUUUUUGUUGCACUCGAUUUAAAACAUAUUUUAUAAUAAUUCUAAUAUGUUUUACUUUGCUUCGUGCGUGUUUUUGAUAAUUAUUAUACCAUGUAUAUUUAACGAGAUUAUUUCGCAAAAUGUACCAUUUCACAGAGAGAAGUAUUAUCACGAACCAAUAUCUUUAACAAAUGAACAAAUUGUCACACUUGCUGAUAUGUCAAAUAUCACUAAUAUGGAACAUGUAUUAGAUAACAUUUGCAUUGUCAGAAUUGUAGGAAGUCCUCAACAUAAAAAAGUGAAAGAUUAUAUUACAAAAACUAUGAGUGAUCUUAAUUGGACUGUAGAAUCAGAUAUUUUUGAAGAUGUAACACCUAUAUUUGGAAAAAUUCAAUUUGAGAAUAUAAUUGCAAAAUUGAAUCCAAAUGCUACAAGGUAUUUAUCAUUAGCUUGUCAUUUCGAUUCAAAAUAUACCAAGGAAGGAGACUUUGUUGGUGCUACAGAUAGUGCAGUACCAUGUGCUCAAAUGAUCAAUAUUGCUACUGUCAUGGAUAAACAACUAAAGUCUAUUAAAGAUCAAGAUGUGAGUUUAAUGUUUAUUUUCUUUGAUGGAGAAGAAGCUUUUAAAUCUUGGGGUCCAAAGGACUCCAUCUAUGGAGCAAGACAUUUAGCAGAAAAGUGGCAUAACGAACGUACCACACUUAUACGAGAUAUUAAUGUUUCUGAACUUGAUAAAAUGGAUAUAUUAGUACUUUUAGAUUUGAUAGGAGCUUCUGAUCCAACAUUUUAUAAUUAUUUUGAAAAUACUCAAAGAUGGUACUCGUUACUUAUUAACCUUGAAAAUAGCUUAGCUGAUUUGAGAAAAUUCGAAAAUUAUUCCUAUGAGAAAUCAAAACAGAAAUACUUUCAACCAUAUUCUAUAUUGGCACAUAUAGAAGAUGAUCACAUUCCUUUUUUGAAAAAAGAUGUUCCAAUUCUACAUUUGAUACCAUAUCCAUUUCCAAUUUUUUGGCAUAAACCAGGAGAUAAUCGCAGUAAUAUAGAUAUGAAAACAACAGAGAACAUUAACAGAAUUCUAAGAGCAUUUAUUGCUUCAUAUUUACAUAUCAAUGUAUGAUAGACAUUUUUUACUAUAACUGUACACAGUAGUAAUAUGAACAUGGGUGUCAAUUAUAUUACUAGAAUAUACUAGUAUAUCUAUUAAAAAAAGACACUUAAUGUUAGUUAUUUAUAUAAUAUUAGAAAAAGAAAGAUAGGGAGAGAGAAAUGUAAUAAAUUGAUAUCUGUAUACAAAAA